AUGCUCCCUCAGUGCUUCUACCUGGCGGCGCUGAUCACCACUGCCAUGACCAUCACGACGUCCAAUGUGGCCUUCUACCAAGAGGGUCUUUCCACGAGGAUAACUGACACACCCGUUGUCGUCCACAACAUCGCCCCGGAUUGGAUUGAAACGGCGGCGAUGACCGUCAGUUCGACGACGAAGGAGCUGGCCGUCGUGUUCGCGGAUCCACUUCGCGCUCACAUUACGGCGGAUGUGAUCAUCGGUGAUUCUGCCACCGCUGUCGCCGCAGAUGUCAAUGUCUCCAUCUACGGAGCGUUCAACAUCUCCAAGAUCCCUCAUGACGAUGACUGCCGCACCCAGUCAUUCGUCAUGCACUCUUGCCACAUGUACAUGAGGGUCAGCGGCACUGUUGACACGGUCGCCAAGGUACCGGAUGACGAGCAAAACAUUUGCGACGCUGUCAACCAGAUCACCAAUGAUCUCAUCACCCCUACAGCGUUCAUUACCUACCCUCCGGUUGUUAACGGCGCGACGGAUAUCGCCAAGUCGACCUACAUCAUGAAGUACCGUUUGGUCAACGUCCUCUCCGAGAACACCGGGUUGCCUGUGGAGGCGCACUUCGUCCGCAAGAACGUUUUACGGGUUGCGUUUGGCUCAGUUGUCCGCACCAGCAUUCUGUUCGACUCCGCCUACGACUACGACGUGGAUGUGCUCUACGCCAUGGCGGUACUGUCGCGAUGGGGCGCGAAAAAGCUCAACAUAUCCGCUGCCCCCGAGAACAGCACAACGACAAAGAUCCCGUUUCGCGGCGGUGCUGUCACGGUCCCAACGCUGCGCAGCAUUGUCCGUCAGGCGAUCCACGAGGACGCCUUGGCGACGCUGCGGACACUGGUGCCGCGUGGUGCUGCCGUGUCCUACGAUGUUGUCAUCAACGACUUUCAGUGCAAGCUAUUCAACACCAUUUGCUCCGUUCCUGUGUCGAAUGGUGUGCAAGUGAUCAACACCCGGUUCAGGGGAAUGGGUGACCUCGGUACGAUCCUGGACAACACAGUCAGUGCCUCGAUGGACGUCCUUCUGACCAACAUCACGACCGUGGCGUUCAAGCUCGUCGGCAGCACCUUUGGUGACCGCAUUUAUCUGCCUGUAUUCUGA